AAAGGACUAAAAAAAUUUGAAAAACGAAACUUGAGUAACACGAUUUUUGUUUUGGAAAGAAAGAGAACCAAAUCAAAUUAUAGGUUUUCACCUUUACCCUUGGAAAGGUGUUCAUAGUUAGGGUUUUCUACUCUCUCUGGUUCAACCCUCCGAAGGUUUAUCAUAAUCUUAUCAACACGUCAAUGAGUAGCCCAACGUUUAUCACCUUAGAAGAAGGAUGCGAUUAUUUGCAGAAGGGUAUCACCAAGCUCCUCAACAUUCUUGAAGGUUUUCCUGAACCUAAUUUCACCCCUGAGCACCAUAUCCUGCUAUAUACAACUGUCUACAAUAUGUGCUACCAAAGGGCUCCUCAGGACUAUGCCCGAAAACUAUAUGACAUGUACAAGGAAACAUGUGCAGAAUAUAUCAUAUCAAAAGUUCUUCCAUUUAUGCGAGAAAAGAAAGAUGACCUUUUGUUGAGGGAACUGCUCAGAAGAUGGUCAAAUUACAUAGCUAUGACCAAGCGCCUCUCUAAAUUUUUUUGCCCACUUGAAAAACGUGAUAUUCCAAGAUUAAAAGUUCCUUCUCUUGAAGAAACCAGCUUCUUAUCCUUUUACCACCUGGUAUAUGAAGAAAUGAAUAAAGAAAUAAUGGAUGCUGUAUUUGCUAUGGUUGAUCGGGAACGGGCAGGAGAGCAUGUUGAUCAAACAUUUGCUCUUAACACAUUGGACUUGUACUUAGAGUUAAAGGAAUGUACAAGAAAAAUCAAGGAAAAGGAAGAGAAAAUGAAUUGCAGUCCAGAUGUUUUAUCAAAGAAAAUCAACUUGGUAAGCUCUGACGGCAUUGUGUUUGAAGUUGAUUUUGGUUUGGCACUUAUGUCAAAAAGAUUUGAGGAAACUAUCGAGACCAUUCCUGUUGGUGACGUUGAUACCAUCUCUGUUCAUGAAGUGAGUAGCAAAAUGUUGAGAAAGGUUGUUGAAUACUGCAAGAAGCACAACAUCAGACAGAAGUAUGUUAAUAAUCUCGAGGACUGGGAAGCUAAGUUUAUCGAUGUUGACACUAAAACUCUGCUUGAUCUUCAAACAUAUGCAAGCUACUUAAAAAUUGAUAGUCUGCAGAUGCUGGCAUGGGAUAAAGAAUAUGGUUUGAUAAAAGGCAUGACACGAGAGGAAAUGACCGAGUUCUAUGCAGCUCAAGACGACUCAAACUCCAGUUAUUAGAAGAGGAGAACUAAUAUAGGUAAAUGCAAACUUCUUACUUUUCCUAUAUGAUCCUGUUUUGGAUGAACUCGAUUAUCGUACCAAAGUUUAACUGAUGCCUAUUAUUAGAGAAAUAAGAUGUUAGUUAUUAGUUGUGAUAUUAGUUACCAGUUAGUUAGUGCCUAUAAAUAGGCUUUUAUUGGCUUAAGGUAGUCAAAUUGUAAUUAUCUCUUGUAUAUCUCUAAUACCUAUAAUUGACUGCAUAAGGUAAUAAUAGUUAACGUUUUUCA